AUAUAAAGGGUGAUUAGGGGAGACAUUCAGAGCAUCAAACACAAACAGAAACACAUAACAAAAUGAGAUCGCCAAUGGCCUCUUUGGCAGCAACUUUGCUUGUCUUAGCAUUAUCUCUUGGUUUUGUAUCUGAAACCACCGCAAAUUACUAUUACUCUUCUCCUCCUCCACCGGUGAAGCACUACACUCCUCCGGUUUACAAAUCUCCACCACCACUUAUUAAACACUAUCCAGCUCCUCCAGUUUACAAAUCUCCCCCACCACCCAAGAAGCAAUACGAAUACAAAUCACCUCCACCACCGGUAAAGCAUUACUCCCCUCGACCGGUUUACAAGUCUCCUCCACCACCGAAGAAGCACUACGAGUACAAAUCACCACCACCACCUGUCUACAAAUCUCCCCCUCCUCCAGUGUACCACUCUCCUCCACCACCAAAGAAGCACUACGAGUACAAAUCACCACCGCCACCGGUCCACCAGUCUCCUCCUCCUCCAGUUUACCACUCUCCUCCACCACCUAAAAAACACUACGAGUACAAAUCACCACCACCACCUGUCUACCAGUCUCCCCCUACUCCAGUGUACCACUCUCCUCCACCACCAAAGAAGCACUACGAGUACAAAUCACCACCACCACCUGUUUACCAGUCUCCUCCUCCUCCAGUGUACCACUCUCCACCACCACCAAAGGAGCACUACGAGUACAAAUCACCACCACCACCUGUCUACCAGUCUCCUCCUCCUCCAGUUUACCACUCUCCACCACCACCAAAGAAGCACUACGAGUACAAAUCACCACCACCACCGGUCUACCAGUCUCCUCCUCCUCCAGUGUACCACUCUCCACCACCACCAAAGAAGCACUACGAAUACAAAUCACCACCACCACCUGUCUACCAGUCUCCUCCUCCUCCAGUGUACCACUCUCCACCACCACCAAAGGAGCACUACGAGUACAAAUCACCACCACCACCGGUCUACCAGUCUCCUCCUCCUCCAGUGUACCACUCUCCACCACCACCAAAGAAGCACUACGAGUACAAAUCACCACCACCACCGGUCUACCAGUCUCCUCCUCCUCCGGCCUACCACUCUCCUCCACCACCAAAGAAGCACUACGAGUACAAAUCACCACCACCACCGGUCUACCAGUCUCCUCCUCCUCCGGCCUACCACUCUCCUCCACCACCAAAGAAGCACUACGAGUACAAAUCACCACCACCACCAGUCUACCAGUCUCCUCCUCCUCCAGUUUACCACUCUCCUCCACCACCAAAGAAGCAUUAUGAGUACAAAUCUCCUCCUCCUCCAGUUUACCAGUCUCCCCCACCUCCAGUUUACCACUCUCCUCCACCACCCAAGAAGCAUUAUGAGUACAAAUCUCCUCCUCCUCCAGUUUACCAGUCUCCCCCACCUCCAGUUUACCACUCUCCUCCACCACCCAAGAAGCAUUAUGAGUACAAAUCUCCUCCUCCUCCAGUUUAUCAGUCUCCUCCUCCUCCGGUUUACCACUCUCCCCCACCACCAAAACACUAUGAAUACAAAUCUCCUCCUCCUCCCGUCCACUCUCCUCCGCCACCGGUUCACUACUCACCUCCACACCAACCCUACCUCUACAAAUCUCCACCUCCUCCAUACCACUACUAAUUAAUCAUCUUCAUGGAGUUGACGACAUUACAAGAGAACAAAGAAUGUUUUGGUGAUAAAAUAAAAGACGCAAGAUCAUUAAGAGAUCAUCUAAACGGAUAUACAUUCUAAUGAUAAAGUUUCCCAUUCAAUGUGUUUUUUUUUUCAUAAAUAAGUUGUUGCAAUAAACUGCAAACAUGUUGAUGAUGUGGUCCCAUUCAUGUAUGCAAAUUAGUCAUGUGUUUGUAAGUUCAAGUCCUGUUUUCCAAAUUCUUCAGUUUUAAAGUUUGAUUCCUUACUUAAAUAAAAUUGUAAGAUUUAUUUUUCA